AGAGAUUUAAGGAAUAAGGGAAAGAAUUCCCAAAACAUAUAAACCCUAGUGGCUGUACUAUCCGGUUCUCGAUCCGAAUCGUUUCGUCCAGAAUUCCAAAAUGCGAAGAAGCUUAACGAAGAUCCCCUACCCAGUGAUCAGCCGACCCACCGCCACCACUUCCUCCAUUUCUGCCGCUUUCUCCACCUCAUCCAGCGGCGGUGGCGGCAGAGGUCGUGGCCGCGCUAGCCCCUUCCAGUUCACCGUCGACAGCCCCACCGAAAAUGAACCCGACAGUGCCAAACACGACGAUGUAUCUCCAGUGCCGCAUGGACAUGGCCGAGGCAGAGGUAAACUACUUCCGUCCGCCCCUGUUAUCCCUUCAUUCUCUUCCUUCUUGAACAAUGACUCCAGGGCUCCUCCUCUUGGCCGCGGGCGUGGUUUUGUUCCCAGUAAGUCCCCCUCGCCACCUCCGCAAGAAGAAUCGGACUCCUCUGGAAAACCGUCAAAAGCUAAUGUCAAGAUGCCAUUGCUCUUCGUCAAGGACGAAGAGGCACAACAUGAUUCCGCUGAAUCUGAAGUCCCGGUAAGAAAAGAGAAAGAACUUCCAACGGAAAUCGUCAAUGUUUUAUCUGGCGUGGGCCGCGGGAAGCCCAUAAAACCACCUGCAGUCCAAUCCGAAAAGCCUAAAAUGGAGAAUCGUCACAUUCGCCAGCGGCAGCAGCCCAAUUCAGCCGAGGCUGUUGCUUCUGACGUGCCGGCACUAGAUAAGAGCUCUCCUCGUGAGCAAUUGAGCCAGGAGGAGAAAGUGAAAAGGGCAGUGGGGAUUUUGUCGAGGGGAGACCAGGAAGGCGAGAGAGGUGGAGCUGGAGUUAGAGGUGGCAGAGGUGCAUCAGCGGGCAGAGGGAGAGGGAGAGGAAGAGGAAGAGGACGAGGAAGGAUUGGUGGGAGAGGAAGAGGUGAUGAUAUGUAUGAGGAUUCUGAUGAUGAAGCUGGGGGACUGUAUCUUGGUGAUCCAGCGGAUGGGGAGAAAUUGGCUCAGAAGCUUGGCCCUGAGAGUAUGAAUAAAUUGGCUGAAGCGUUUGAGGAAGCGUCCAACAGUGUGUUGCCGGCCCCUGUUGAUGAUGCCUAUUUGGAUGCUCUUCACACUAACUUAUUGAUUGAAUGUGAACCAGAGUAUUUGAUGGAAGAGUUUGGCACCAACCCAGAUAUUGAUGAGAAGCCUCCUAUUCCUCUUCGGGAUGCACUUGAGAAGAUGAAGCCAUUCCUCAUGGCAUACGAAGGGAUCCAGAGUCAAGAAGAGUGGGAGGAAGUUAUGGAAGAAACAAUGAAGACAGUUCCUCUUAUUAAAGAGAUAGUAGACCAUUAUAGUGGUCCGGAUAGAGUAACUGCAAAGCAGCAGCAGCAAGAGCUGGAGAGAGUGGCCAAAACUCUCCCUGCUAGUGCACCUUCUUCUGUAAAGCGUUUUACUGAGCGUGCUGUUCUCUCAUUGCAGAGCAAUCCAGGCUGGGGAUUUGACAAGAAAUGCCAAUUCAUGGAUAAGCUUGUAAUGGAGGUUUCUCAGCAAUACAAAUAAGUUUGCAUGGCCUGGCUAUACUCUGCUUGAAGAAGCUCUGUGUUUCGAAUUAUGUAAUAUCACCGGGAGGUUUGUCAAACUGCCCAAAGGAGCUUUUUGGUUGAAUAGUCGCAGUGUUACUUUAUUUCGACCUUGUCUUGCGAAAACAUCGAAGUAGUGAACGUUUUUCACGACAUUCAUUUCAGCUUGAUGUGUAAUAAUUUACAACCAUGAGAAUUUUAGGGGGUUGAAGCCAUUCAUCACGGGCUCUCUCCCUGUAGCACAUUUAUAUUCAUGAUGGCAUAUAUUUGGAUUUUAAUUUCAUAGAUACUUCAUUUUGAUGUCCCAA